GGUCAGACUAGAGCAGGUGCGGUCACACUGUUUGCAAAUCCACACACACCAGCGCGGUUUUUUCGCUGCACAAAAUUGCACAUUUAACACAAAAUAACAGCAAUUAAUACAAACAAACGGUUGAACCGGACAUACGAAAGUGCCGGCCAUCUCGCGGAAUACGAAAUUGUGGCAAUUCUACCGCGCCACUGCCCCAAAUCACGUGAUGAAAAUCCGCCUGAAAAGUCGCCCUCGUCCGUGAAAUGUAAAGCAGAGCACUUUUUCCAACCAAAUUGGGCGGAGUGUGGAGUUCGAGUUUUAUAGUGCGAGCACAUCCAUUGAAAUUCGCUAAUUGUGAGAGUAGGCAAUCUAUUACCCCGGCAAUGCCCCAGCAAAAUGUGAGCCUUCGCGGGCGCAUUUCUUACGCGAUAAAUGCGCAAUUCGAAGCCAAUUAGUGGCUGUCUGAGGUGUCCUUUGGCCGCUUAUGCUGCUCCUGCGGCUUCACCUUUCACAAGACAACCUCAUUUGCAGGCCACAGACUUUGAACUUGCGACGCGCGUGUGCAUGCGAUCGUGGAAAACAAAAGAAAAGCACGGGCGGCACAAACAAUAACAAUAGUUCGAGUAGCACACACACUAUCGAUGCGAAUGCCAAACAUGUUAUCUGCGCUCCGGCUAAUCUUCCUGGGCGCUCUGCUCGGCGCCUCUGUUAGCGCCUCUCCCAUUGAAUACGUGAUGGAUACCAGUGUGAAUGCUUCCCGAACCGAUCCUGUGACUGCUUCUCAACCUGGCAAAUGGGUAUCAACGACCAAAACACCGUCGCUAAAGGUGCCGCCGAAUGGACCAGCUGGCCAGGCUUAUCAAUCGCCAUCGUCGUCGCUGGCCGCUGAUAACAGGAGCCACGACAACAACAACGGCAGCGCUGUAGCCAUGCUGCUGCCGCAAGAUGGCGACGGAACCGGAGCAGUUGCCACGGCUGUUGCCCCCGCGUUGCCCAUCUAUGUAGCUCAGCCUAGCGCGAAAAAGCCAGAAAAAAGAAUAAAGUGCCACUGCGACAUCUGCAAGGAUUCAAAUAACAUUUGCGAGACGGAUGGCUAUUGUUUCACAUCGGUGGAGAAGAACGCGGAUGACUCCAUCAUCUUUAGCUACAGAUGUCUGAACAAGUCGCAAAUCUUUCCACCGGGCCGAUCCAUCUGGUGCAACGAUGGCUUGCACGGGGGACCCACCGCACGACCGGUGGGACGGAGUGGCGCCCAUGCUUGCUGCAAGGACAGAGAUUUUUGCAACCGUUUUCUGUGGCCCAAGGUGAAGGUCCAGCCAUCUAAAGCUUUGGAAAGUCAGCCGCUUGGCGUCGAAGAUUAUGUGCCACAUCGUCUGACUAGCUGGGAGUUUGUGGCCAUCAUCCUAGGGGCCACCCUUUUCGUCUGCUUCACUGGCACCAGUACAUGGUACUACUGCCAGCGCCGGAAGCGUUUGGCCAGCGGCAGGCCGUUUGCCCGAGAGGAUUCUGUGUAUGAUCCUAUACUAAAUGGUAAUACCACAAUACACGACAUCAUAGAGAUGACCACCUCUGGUUCGGGUUCGGCUGGUUUACCUCUGCUAGUGCAGCGUUCCAUUGCCCGCCAGGUGCAGCUGUGCCAUGUCAUUGGAAAGGGACGUUUUGGCGAGGUCUGGCGUGGACGUUGGCGCGGCGAAAACGUGGCGGUUAAAAUCUUCUCAAGUCGCGAGGAGUGCUCCUGGUUCCGAGAGGCUGAAAUCUAUCAGACGGUAAUGCUACGGCACGAGAAUAUUCUGGGUUUCAUAGCUGCGGACAACAAAGACAACGGAACUUGGACCCAACUGUGGCUGGUAACCGACUAUCAUGAGAACGGAUCACUUUUUGACUAUCUAACCACCCACACGGUGGACACCAACACCAUGCUGAACAUGUCGCUGAGUAUUGCCACUGGUCUGGCUCAUCUGCACAUGGAUAUUGUGGGCACUCGCGGCAAGCCCGCCAUCGCCCAUCGAGAUCUCAAAUCGAAGAACAUACUGGUCAAAUCAAACUUGAGCUGUGCUAUUGGGGAUUUGGGUUUGGCCGUGCGUCACGUGGAGAAGAAUGACUCGGUGGACAUACCCUCCACGCAUCGCGUUGGCACAAAGCGAUACAUGGCUCCCGAAGUGCUGGACGAGAGCAUGAAUGACCAGCACUUUGACUCAUACAAGAGAGCUGAUGUGUACGCUUUUGGCUUGAUCCUCUGGGAGAUUGCACGUCGCUGCAACAUGGGCAUGAUCUACGAUGAGUACCAAUUGCCGUACUACGAUGCCGUGCAGCCAGAUCCCAGUAUUGAGGAGAUGAAGAAAGUGGUUUGCAUUGAGAAGAGCCGACCAAACAUUCCAAACCGCUGGCAUGCCUCCGAUGUGCUACACAACAUGGCCAAAGUAAUGAAGGAAUGCUGGUAUCCCAAUCCCGUGGCCCGUUUAACAGCGCUGCGCAUCAAAAAGACACUCGCUAGCAUCAGUGUGGAGGACAAGGUCAAGAACUGAUUGUGGCUCUAGUUUGACGAGUAGCCCCCGUGUCCCGACCCCUGGGGAUCGGGGGGAGACAUACAUUAGUAACCUGUAACCUGGCCCCGUGUUACCUUAAAUGUCCUGGCAGCGCCUGCGAAGCAGUUCCAGAAACCCGUUAAGAAAUGAAAUACAAAGAAAAUUGUAAAUAUUAAGCGCUAACUCAUCCUUAACGUUUCAAAUGCUUUGCUUUGUUUCCGUUCAGAACGAGCUUGUUAUUAGUUUUGUGUUUACACCAUCCCAAACUAUUGUACAUACCCUUCGUUGACAUUUUCGCUGAGAUUUGCUUGUUUCCGGGCAGCGUGAGCAAAGCGGCGCGCCAAAGGAAACUGCCGCACUGCCAUUAGAGCUAUCAAUUAGGGCCUAGUUAUAUACCAACAAACAAACAAACAAACAAAACACCUUAUAUACACAAUAUAUAUAUUUUUUAUAAAUCCUGUUCGCGAGCGAGAGAAUCCAGCAAACAAACCGAUAAAUACAAAACGAAAAAUACAGUAAGACUUUGUCAAGACUGAGCAGCAGUGAAAAGCAGUGAGAAAAAAGAUUCAACUUGCAGGCAAUUUUUUGCCUGUAAUAUAGAAGAUAUGCAUACCCAGCCACAAACAGAUCAUCAGCAAAGAAGAUAAUUAACAAUUUUAGGCAUUAACCAACAGAUAAAGUUGAUCAAACUCAGGAAAUCGUAAAGUAAAAGUAAAAUUUAAAGAAUCAAACAAUUUGGUGCGCCGCCUGCUCACGUACAGCUUGCCAUGCCCACGUCGCUAUUGCUGCUGCUGUGCCUCCUAAGCUUAAUAUAUAUACCAAGUCCUUCUCCCAUAAGUAUACACCAACUUGGCUUGAAGAGCUUCUUUUUGUAAUCCUAGGUUCAAAAUAUUUUUAAAAAUGUCUACACCAAAACUCUCGAUCCUGGCAAUCAACCAAAAUUGGUUGCACCUUCAUCCUCACGCAUGCUUAUUGUUUUUGUUAUUUCAUCUAAUCAUAUCGCAUAUCAAUCUGUCCUUUUAUUAAUUAUGUUUCAUGUGUUUUUUAUAACCAAAGCUUGUUCUUCCUAUUUUAUUGUAGCCAUAAAAAUAAAGCAAAGUAAACAAAACUAUAAAAUAACAAAAGAAAAUAUAUGAUGGUAUAUUUAAAUAUGAAUUGUAUACUAUAUUUGCUUCUAUUGUACAUUUUAAGGAACCAAAUGUUUCGUGAACAAACCUAAACCACUAAUUUAAGUCUGUGCACAUACAGUUUUGUGUGCUUAUUCCGGAUAAUACAAUAUGUUUAACAUUAAUUAAUUAAUUAAUUUCUCACAUCAAAUGCCAUAAAGCUAAAUGAGUCCAUUAUCAAUGUAUACCUGUACUAGACACAAAACCAUUACCAGAAUGCAAUAGUGGUUUCAACACAACCCAUGUUUCCUUAACCCAUCAUCGACACACGCCAGCUGAGAGAUUAAAGUAAACAUUAAUUAACAUUUUAAUCAUUUCGAUGUAAGAUACUUGUAAGCGAGUUUGUACGAGCAGUGCAUGAAAGAUUGUAAUUAGGGUUAUGAUUAUCUAGUACCUACAUAUUGUUAUUUUUUCGGCCUGCGAAAUUUACUUUCCUAUUUUAUUUUUAAGCUUACUAAAGUUAAUCAUUUCCUGUACGAACACAAUCUAUUUCUUUGGGAAACAAAUCUAAACAAAAUAUUCUUAGCUAUAUAUUUAGUUUUUGAAACUAUUCCUGUAAUUGUAAAAUCUGUAAAUAGUCUGUGCAAGUCAAACAAAGAAAAAUGAGACACAUGUUUCAAAGAAUCGCGUUAACUGAUUAAUAUUUGACUGUGUUCCAAGCUUAAUCUAAGCCGAAAGUUGUUUUUAAGACACAAAACCCCCCAAAACAACCUCCGAUGUGGGGCACUUCCUAAAACCCACGACCUUAGUCCCUGAUCCAAACCAAAAAGUAAAAAACAACGUAAAAAACAACUGAGUUUAAGAUUCAAUUAAAACCGAAGAACACAAAAUCAACAAAAGACUUUAACAUGCGCAAAACAUAUAAAAAUUAAUUUUACAUAAAAAUAAAUCCUAUUUUGCGGGCAAAACGUAAUUUUGGUUCGAAAUUUCAAAGAUCUUUGGAACUAAAACGAUUAACUUUGUGCGAUUUAUGUUAGGCUCAAGUAAGCGAAAAGUGUCUCAGCCAUAAAGUUAAGAGCGAAAGCAUUUGUAAUGUGUAUUAAUCGUAAAUGGAUUGGAUCAUGAGAGAUAUAUAGAAAGGCAGAGAAAGAGAGAGAGAGAAGAGUGAAGAGAGAAGAGAGAAGAGAGAGGAGGAAUGAUUUACUUGGGUGUAAUGUUAAAAACAAAAGCGUUGAAAGUGUAAACAGAGUCUAACUUUUAGCUUUAAGCUGCGUUUUUACUGGCACUUUAAAUAAAAUUACAAAAAUAAAACAAACCGAAAAUAUUUGUAAAAGAA